AUGACCAGCCAGCUGCAGAAGGUGCACAGAGAACUCUCUUUGGAAGUCUACAUGCGGAAAGCGCAAGCACGCAUGCUCUCCGACCUGGGCGCGUCCAAGGACGCUGUCGAGCGCUGUCUCAGUGGCAAGGGCCAGUAUGAAGCCUUCAAUCAGGAUUCGGAGCUUUUGGGUUUUUUGAAGGAGCGACAUUUCCAGGAUCUGAUGGCAGAUUGGGGCCUUUUGGCUUCAGGCCAGUGGAAGGGGGUACCAAUCGGACACAUGCUUGCUCUGCUCGGGAGUGAAUAUCUCAUCGAGGCGCUUCGAGCAAAGCUGGAUAGAGAGGACCACCUGAAUGUGGUGUCCUCACUGUCGCGGACUUGGCCGUGCCGGUAA